AUGAACACGCCUGCAUCGUCCUCGACUGCCAGCUCUGGCUCUGAUGUCACCUCCAGUCCAGGGCCAGACACUCCCAAGAGAGAGUACAAGUUCCACGCGCCUGUCAGGAAGACUUAUGGAAGGGCAAAACCUGCAGAACAGCAGAGGUCAUCCUCCCCAGACCCAUGGUUCAGUCAACUCUCCUUCUCACCCUCCAACAGCACCAACACCAGUCCUGUCCAGCAACGUCGAUCACGGCUGUCAGGGUCCUUUGGAGAGCCAGCUUCUUCUGAGGCUUGGAUGACCCCGACUCGAGGCACUCUCAAGCUGAUUGAUGAGCUGAAGCGUGCUAAACUGGAUCUUGACAGUGACAGUGAUAGCAGUGACAGUGGUGAGGAUAAGGAGGAGGGCUCACAACAGCUGGAUAAUGUCUUCAAGGUGCGAAAAGCCUCAAUAAGUACCACACCCAGUCGGAAACGGCAACAGGUGGACGACGAGGAGGAGGAUGUGAGUGGAGAGGAUAUAAGCGAUAAUGCAGGAUCUGACAGGGCUUGCGAGCAGACGACUCCUUUGAGACAGCGGAAACGGCAGCUUCUCGAUUUGGACAGUUCUUCUCCUGUCAGGAGGUCUCCACGAUCCGUUCAGGGACGGGACAAGGUGGAUUUACACGACAUCAAGGAUAUUUUGACUCCGAGGUCAUCGUCGCCCUCACCGCCAGCGUCGCCGUCAAGGAGGUCUACCAGGACGAGCGUUGUCUUUCCUUGUUUAGUGACACCUGCCAGCUCAGCUUCCACAACAUCAACAUCGUCAAAACCUUCGAUCUCUACCGUUAAGAGUGAUGCAAAGAAACCAGCACAGCAGGCUACGAUAUCAUCAUUCUUCGCUACCAAGGCAGGAACAGGAACAGGGAUUUUGAAGGGGAAGGCUGGAUUGACCAACAACCAGAAACCUACUGGUCGUGAGGCCACCUCUACUACCACCGCAGGCACAGAAGAUAGCAACCAACAAGUGGCCAAAAGGACAACCUCUGGACCCAGCGCACCGCAUGAGGCACCCAAGAAGCUAGAACAACUAUUUUUGGCAUUUUCAAAGGAUCGGACCAAAUCCAACGCCACUAGCGUGACAUCUACUACGUCAAAGCAACGGCCUAUCACACCAGCCCGUCGACCCAACCAACUGCAGCGCGAGGACGACAAACUGAAACGGUACCAUUGCCCGCAGUGCGGUAUGCCCUAUGUCCGCGGUCAGCCUGAAGACGAACAAAUUCAUGACAGGUACCAUCGAGCUGCGCUGGGUGGGAUCGAUUAUCCUGGUUACAAGAAUGAGGUCGUUGUUGCUCGAUUCAGGGAUCAGGAAGUUGAGUCGUGUGUUGCUUCUGCUGGGCGUAAUGGUGGUAGUGCCAAGGGCAAUUCGGUAUCAACAUCUUCUUCGUCGUCGUCGUCGUCGUCGUCAUUAUUGUGGGGAGAAGCAUCGAGUUCACGGAUCGUCAUGGUUUCGAUGUCGGAUGCUGGUCGUGCCUCUUCUGUCUCUGCCGGCAGCUCCAAUUUUGAAAAGAAGAAGGUUAAGGAGGUGUUGGAGGUUGUAAACAGGGAGCUGGGUUCUGUGGAAUUCGAUCCGGAGCAAUUGUACUCUUGCAAGGUGUUUUUAUACAUCUCUGGCAAGAAGAAGGUCGUGGGCUGUGUCAUUGCAGAACGGAUCAAGGAGGGGUUUGAGAUCAUGACACAGACGGCAGGGUCAGGAUCAGGAGAGGCGCUCUUGGAGUUCAAGAUAGGCACCGCCACGUCUACAUCUACAACUUUGCCGUCUGAUUCCUUACUCUCAGGCGACUCCAAGUCUACCGAAAGACACGUGCAGGUGCAGCAAUUGGAUCAAGAUCGUGGAGGAGCAGCUAUCUUUUGCAGCAAAGUGCCUCAACCAGCGAUCUGUGGGAUUAAUCGGAUAUGGGUCUCGUCACAACACCGUCGUCAAAAGAUUGCGAGUCGCAUGUUGGAUGCGGUUCGAGAGCGGUUCAUCUAUGCCUGCAAGUUGGAGACCAAGGAUAUGGCGUUCUCACAGCCCACAGGUGAUGGCAAGGCUCUUGCACGGCAGUACCUUGGCACUGAUCGAUUCUUGGUCUAUGUCGAGUAG